AUGCCUUAUACGAAAGGUUAUGAUAAAUGUCUUUAUAAUUUUGAAGAAAAUUUAAAAAAAACAUAUGACAGAAUUAAAAAGAUAAAGAAAAAUGAAGAAAGUAUAUAUGAACAUACAAAGUUAGAAGAUAGUGAAAUAAAAGAAAAGAUAAUAUAUUUGUUAGGUUUAAAUUAUGGAGAAUAUAUAUUGUUAAGGGGAAAUUUUCGUUUUAGGCUUAUAAAAGGGUUAGUUUAUUUUAAUGGUGAAAUAGUAAAGCCAUCUAUAGAAUAUAAAAAUGUACACAUACCCGAUUUCAACCCAAUGAUUAAACUAAUAGCCUUAAAUGAUAUGAAUGUAAAAUGUGAAGACGGAAUGUUUAAAAUAUUUUUUCAUGACAAUAACAAGUAUGAGAAUAAAAAUGAAAGAAAUAAUUAUAUCUGCAAUGAAAAUAUUCAUAAUAUGGAAAAUGUAGAAAAAUGCAAUGAAUAUGAUCCUUAUAUUAGUAAGGAUAUAAUACAAGAUAAUGGUGAAAAAGAAUUAUUAAAUGAUAUAAAUAAAAUUGAAGGAUUAAAAGAGGAUAUAAUUAAAAAUAAUAAUAAUAAAGAAUCUGAACAUUUUGAUAUAUGUAUGAAAGGGAAUGAAAAUAUUCCUGAAUGUUCAGAAAAUAUUUUAGAAAAUUAUUUAUUUUGUUUAAAUAUGCUAGAAGAUGGUAACAUAAAAAAAGAGGAAUUUGAUGAAUAUUUAAAAAUAAAAAAAACAGGAAUGAUAAAUAAUUUUGCAAGUAAUUGUAUGAUGGAUACAAUAAAUUUGUAUUUAGAAAAUUUUCCUAUAAUUAUUGCAUUUGAAAAAAAAAAAAACUUUUGGUAUAAUUUAUAUAAUAAUGAUCCUAAAAAAAUUAUAAAUAUAACUAAUAGUGGAAAAAAUAAUAGUAUAUAUAUUAAUAGUUAUCAAAUGUCUUACAUAGUCAAAGAGUUUAUGAUCUAUAUACACAAUAAAAAAAAAUAUAAAAUCAAUGAUAUUUUAAAAAAAAUCGAGGAAGAAAGUAUAUCUAGAAAAUUGUCAACUUCAUUUGAUGUUUUCGAAAAUAAAAAGGAAGGUAUAGUACAUUCAAAUUGUAAAGAAAAUGAAUUAAAUUUGCGUUCAUACAAAAAGUCGAAAGUAGAAAAUGUGGAGAAUGGAAAUAGUUCAAUAGAAGAAAAAAAGACAAAUUAUAAGGCAAAUGAAAAUUGUAAAAAUGAUGAAAAUGGUAAAAAUGAUUUGGAAGUAAGUAAUAAAUUAAAAGCACAAGAUUAUUUAAAAAAAUUAAAAAAAGAAAAUAUUUUUGAAGAAAAUUUUGAAAAUAAUAAAAAUGAACAAUCAAUAUUUGAUGCGAUUUCCAGUAUAAUUAUAAUGGGUGAUAAAGGAAAAGGAAAAAGUUAUUUUGUUACAAAUUUUAUAAAUAAUUUGUUAAAUUACAACAAAAAUGGGAUACUAUUAUUAGACAUUGAUGUUGGGCAACCAAUUAUAGGAAUAAGUGGAUUUAUAUCUUUGUAUAAAAUAAAAAGUCCUUUGGAUAUUUAUAAUUUUUUUUAUCCUAAAAAAUAUAAAUGUGUUAAAAAAAUAUUUUUUGGAAGUUGUUCAAUUAUGGAUAACCCCAAUUUGUUUAUUAAAUGUUUGGAGGAAAUAUAUGAUUAUUUGUUUGAUGUAUAUUUGAAAAAAAAUGUCGAAAAAAUUAAAAAAUUAAAUAUUUCAAAUGAAAUAAAUAUAGGACAAUUUCUAUAUCCAUUAGUUGUUAAUACAUUUGGAUGGAUAAAAGAUAUAGGAUUAUUUUUGCUAAAUUUAAAUAUUUUAUUAAGCAAAGCUGAUUUUAUUAUUCAAAUAGAUUCAUUAAAAGUAGAAAAAAAAAUGAAACAAUUAUUUAGCAAGAAAGAAUUUUAUGAAUACAUGUUUAACGAUUUUUUAAUUACACAUAAUGAUAAAAAUAUGGUAGAUGUGAAGGAUCAAGAAAUACAUUAUGAAAAGAUACAAAAAAAAGCAAAAAAUAAAUAUGUUAUUUUUAAUUUGAAUAAUAAACAUGUUAAUUUAAUUGCAAAAGAACAUUCUAUAUUUAAUACAAUUAUUAAAUAUAAUUAUGGAUUAAAUGAAUCUGAUUUAUUGUUUUAUGACGUUUCUAUGUCUUUUAAAAAAGAAGAAAAAGUCGAAACAGAAAAGAAAGAUAAUAAACAUUAUGUUAAUAAGCAGCCUUACAAAAAAAAAAUGUAUAACAUAAGUAAUAAUGAUGAUGAUGAUAAUAAUACGAAGAAGAAGAAGAAGAAUGGUUUUACAAAAUUUAGUGAAAAUAAUAAAAACAUUACAACAUCACAUAUUGAAAAAGGAGAAUGGAAUGGCAUAGUUAGACAAUAUAAUGAUUAUGGAAUUAAUGGACAAAAUAAAAAAGUGACUAAAGAUUUUCGUGAUUAUUGGAAAAAUUAUUGUUAUAAGCCUUUAUUAGAUUAUAUAGAUAAUAGUAUUAUAUACAAAAAUGAUCAUGGAAAAAAACACACUAAAUAUCGUAAUUAUUUUUAUAAACGAUAUCAAAGUAUCAUUAAUCCUAUGAUCAAUAAAUAUACAAAGAAUGAAUCUAUAAAUUAUAAAAGUGAAAUAAAUAAUUUAAAAAAUUUUGAAAAAAUAUAUUAUGAUAAUUUUUCUAAUUAUGAUAAAAAUCAAAUAGGUGUUCAAUCUACAGAAAACUCCCCAUUUUUGGUGAAUAAAAAUAAAAUGGAUUUUGAAAAUAAAAAAGAUAAUUAUGCAAAUAAUGAAAGUAUAAAAAAUUAUGAUGAUUAUAUUAAAAAGAUUGAAAAUUUGUUUGAAAAAAAAUGUAUACGAAUAAUAAAUUUUGUAAGUUAUAAAAAAAAUAAUUAUUAUGAAAAUUUAAAUAAACCUAUUUUACAAAAUAAAAAUAUUCCUAUACUUCCAAAGAAUUUAAGAGCAUAUCGUUUUUUUUGCUUUUUAUUUUUCAAAUUUAAAAAAAUAAUAUUUUAUAUGCAUAGUUUUUCAUUAUAUGAUGGGAUAAAUGAUUUUUUUAUGAAGCAUGAACAUAAAGUAGCGGAAUAUGUAUUUCAAAUAAUUGUUAAAAAUGAAGGAAUAGGAAGUGAUAUAUUUCUAAAUGACCAAAAUACACAAAAUUAUAGUUAUAUGGAAAUAUUUAAUAAUAGUUCUAUGGAAAAAGAAGAAAUAAAAUAUGAUACAUUUUUUAAAGACAAUGUAAAUGAGAUGAAUAAAAAUUUUUAUCAAAUAAAUGAAUAUAAAGAUGAAAAUAAUUUGAAAGAAAAUGAUUAUAUAAAUGCUAAAGAAAAAUUAUAUGAUGAUGAUAAAAAUGAAGAUAUAGAAAUUGAGAGUAGUUAUUGGAAUGAUACUAUUUAUAAAAAAAAAUUUUUAUUUAAUUGUGUUGCAUUUGAUUUGAAAAAUAUAAAAUUAAGUAAUAUAGGAUUUAAUAAAAAUAGUAAUGAUAUAUAUGAAGAAGGCAAUUUUCUGACUUAUAAAUAUUUUUUUAAUAACAUUAUAUGUUUAUGCAAUGAUAAUAUAGAAAAUAAUAUAUCAUCUAAUAGGAGUGAUGAAAAAAAUUCAAAAAACAAUAAAAAAUUGAAUUAUAACAUUACUCGUAUAGAUAUAGGCGCAAACUUUGAAAAUAUAAAUUCGGUUAUUAAAAAAACCGAAUUAGAAAAAAAUAAUGUUAAACUAGUUGGUGUAUCAGAGCAUUUUACACAUAUAUUAACAGGAUAUAUUAAAUUAAUAUAUAAUAUGAAGCUUAUAAUUUAUUUACCGUAUUGGUUUAAAGAUUUUGAUGUUCUUAAAAAUGUUAACACAUUUGUUUCUGGAAUGAAUCUUAUCCCUUAUAACAUAAAUGAUAUGAUUAAUAAUUAUCCUUAUUAUGUAGAUAUAGUAACUGCAAAAGAGGAUGAAAUAUUUAAAUUUUUGAAAGAAGAAAAAUAUAAGGAAAUAGAACAAGGGAAUACAUCGAAUUGA